UCAUACCAGAAAGUGCAGUGGUAUUCUCUUUUAGAAAAAAAAAAUUCCUUUGUUCAUGGUGGUGAUUGUAGAAAGAGUAUCCUACUAAUUAAAGGGACUGCCCACUUUUCCCCACCCAGAAUUCCACAAGAAAACAGUGUCAUAUCCUUUUCUUAAUUCUCUAUACCCCAUACCCUUUCCUCUGCCACCUCUGUCCUCCCCCAGCAGCAGUCUCCCAGCCUCUGCUUUCCAUAAUUAAACGUCACUACAUGCCACUAUACAUGCCUACCCCAAUAGCACUUCAUCCCCCUCCUUUCUCUCUGUCUCCUGUACCGGAAGGAAAACAAUACCCAUGAGGCCAGUUCCCCACAGAGCAAUGGAGAGGAAGCAUUCAGCUUUCUAGUUGCUGAAGGAGGGACACAUCCCACCAGAUAAGCAAUUCCUCUGGGCCUCAACAUGAACACAUAUAACCAUGACGCAUCUGAAGAUGUGUCAGAAGUCAGCAGUCAAGUGGCUUCUAACAUCUCUAUCCAAGAGUCGUUCCCAUACCACAAUCUCCAACCUAUGUCGCUUGACCUCUCGCUCCCCGUCAAGGCAGAAUCAUCAUCAGCAGCUGUUAUUUCCUUAUCAAGUACAAGCGAGAGCAGCAGCGAGGCGCGAGCUUGCAAUGCUCCCAUCCCCCAAAGAGUCUUUUCCUGCAACUACUGCAAGCGUAAAUUCUUCAGCUCCCAGGCCUUGGGUGGCCACCAAAAUGCUCACAAGAGGGAACGGACGCUCGCGAAAUGGGCUCUUAGAAUGGAUGCUUUCCCAUACACUUAUGCAAGUAUUGCAUCACUGCCCCUCCAUGGCUCUGCACUACACUCUUUGGGAAUCAAGGCUCACUCUUCCAUGCAUCAAAGCCCGGUUGAAAAGCAGGAAAGCCGGAGCAGUUCAAAGUUCUACCGGAGCUUGCAUGGGCCAAUGCCGGUCUUUGUGGAGGAUGAUGAUGCGAAUUUUUAUUGGCCUGGGAGUUUCCGGCCAUUGGCAAACUCAGGUUUUGAGCUGAUGGAGAAUUCAAAUUUGAAUUGUGUAGCCAGUGAUCCGCGGCCGGUCGAGGAGCCUGAUCUUACUCUGAGACUUUGAGUGGUUGAUCUUGAUUGCUUUCUCUAGUAUUUGCUUUCUUUCUUGGUAUUCUUAUUUUCAUGGGCAAGUGUUUCUUCCAGUGUACAGUAAGGUAUGUGAUAGAACAAAGGUCUUCACUGUUUUUUGACCUUUCUUCGAGCUAAGCUUUGUUUCCAAGUGAGAUCAUACUGAGCAAUUGAUAUGGUUUUUUCUUUCUCUGGAGAAAUUUUAAUUUGUGUAUGUUAUGCUUAUGUGGACGUUGUCUGUAUAUUUGGUUAUAUUUCAAUUCUAGUGGGUGAUGUAUUUUUUUUCUA